GUCGCUGUUCCCGAUUGAACGACCUGAGAAAUUGUCCUGCUUGUUCCUUUGCAUUUCCGAUAUAACAGACUGUCAUGGCCAUCGUCCUCAGGCCCAGACUUUGCCUGCGUCCGGCAGUCAGGAUGAAUCCUCCCCCGACCAGCCUGUGGAGUCGGCUUCGGAAGGCGGCAAAAAGCUACGGACGGCGGAUAAUCGCUUUGUCGGCUGCCACGGUCGCUAGCCGAUCGGAGAGCUUCUGGGGAAGCUACCAUACCUUUUAAUAUGUAGCCCUUCUGCCUUUUCGAAUUGUCUUUUUUUUUUCUCUUUUUCCCCUCAUUCACUUCCCCAAUUGAGUCAUUCUCCAAGGUCGCUCAGCAUGGCGCGGCCUUUCCCUGCGGUGUUCCGCCCCGUCUGGCGGCGGAACUUCUGCGUCUCAACCCCCAAACGAGCCAUUGACAAGCUAUGCGACUCGGCCCCGGAGGCCAUCAAGGAGAUGAAGGGCUCCUCCACCGUGCUGGUCGGAGGUUUCGGCUUCUCCGGCGUGCCCAACACCCUGAUCGAUGCCGUGCGCGACCGGCCCGACAUCACCGACUUGACCGUCGUCUCGAACAACGCCGGCAUGCCCGGCGCCGGUCUGGGCCAGCUGCUGGAAACCAAGCAGAUCAGUAAAAUGAUCGCUUCGUUCAUUGGUGAAAACAAAGUCUUUGAGAAAAUGUAUCUGACUGGUGAUUUGGCUCUCGAAUUGACCCCCCAGGGCAGCAUUGCUGAGAAAUGCGCUGCCGGGGCGGCUGGUGUCCCUGCUUUCUAUACUCCCGCGGCUUAUGGAACUAUCGUACAAACUGGUGAACUCCCCGUUCGGUAUAACAAGGACGGCUCGGUGGCGGAAACCUCCAAGCCCAAGGAAACGCGCGAAUUCAACGGCAAGAACUACCUCCUGGAAGAAUCGAUUUUCGGCGACUACGCUCUGGUCAAGGCCCAUAAGGCCGACAAGCUGGGUAACUGUCAGUUCCGCAAGGCCAUGAACAACUUCAACGAGGCCAUGGGCAAGAACGCCAAGUACACCAUCGUCGAGGCGGACCACAUCGUCGAGGUCGGCGAGAUUGCCCCCGAGGACAUCCACCUGCAGAGCAUCUACGUGAACAAAGUCAUCCAGAGUCUCGGCGAGAAGCAGAUCGAGAAGCUCACUUUCGCCAAGGACCCCAGUGAAAUGCUCAAGGCCGGAUCCGGCGAGGCCACCGCCCGUCGCGAACGUAUCGUCAAGCGUGCCGCCAAGGAAUUCCAGGAUGGCAUGUAUGUCAACCUCGGAAUCGGAAUGCCCCUGAUUGCUCCUUCGUACCUGCCCGAGGGCGUGGAGGUCGUCCUCCAGGCCGAGAACGGUAUCCUGGGUCUGGGCGGUUACCCCCAGCCCGGCGAGGAGGACCCCGACCUGAUCAACCCCGGUAAGGAGACCGUGACUUUGGGUCGUGGAGCUUCUCUGUUCGGUUCCCACGAGAGCUUCGGUAUGAUUCGCGCGGGACGCAUUGAUCUCACGAUGCUUGGCGCUCUGCAAGUGAGCCAGUACGGCGAUCUUGCCAACUUCAUGCUUCCCGGUAAGGUCAAGGGUGUCGGUGGUGCCAUGGACCUGGUUGCCAACCCCGAAAAGACCAAGGUUGUGGUUACUAUGGAACACGUCGACAAGAAGGGCAACUCUAAGAUCCUGCCCGAGUGCAGCUUCCCUCUGACUGGCCCCCGCUGCGUGUGGAAGAUCAUCACGGAUCUGGCCGUGUUCAACGUCAGUCCCACCGAGGGUCUGACUCUGGCCGAGCACGCCGAGGGUGUCUCAGUGGACGAGAUCCGCAGCAAGACCGCUGCUCCUUUCAAGGUGGCGGAUGACCUGAAGCCCAUGUUGGCGGAGAUCAUCAAGAUCGAGCACCCGGUUCGAGGCGACGACACGAGAGCCUGGGGCCCUCCGUACGCGACCUACAAGGAUGGCAGGGACGGAGAAGGUGAAAGUGCAUAUUACCUCUCUGUAAACAGAAACAAACGCUCGCUGGGUCUCUCCUUCGCUCACCCGGAGGGCGUCGAGAUCCUACACGAACUGGCCCGGCGCUGCGACGUGCUGGUGGAAAACUACCUCCCCAAUUCGCUGAAAAAGUAUAGCCUCGACUACGAGACUAUCCGGCACAUUAACCCCCGUCUCAUCUAUGCCAGUAUCACUGGGUACGGCCAGACAGGGCCGUACAGUAACCGGCCCGGUUUCGACGUCAUGGUCGAGGCGGAAUUCGGCCUGGCGCAUCUGACGGGCUCCCGCGACGGGCCUCCCGUCAAGGUGGGAGUCGCCGUGACGGAUCUCACGACGGGUUUGUAUGCGUGCAACUCCAUCAUGGCGGCGUUGUUGGCGCGAGGCAUCACGGGGGAGGGCCAGCAUCUGGACGUGUGUCUGAGUGAUUGUCAGGUGGCGACGUUGGCCAAUAUGGGAAGCUCCGUCUUGAUCAGUGGCGAGAAGGAUUCGGGGAGAUGGGGCACGGCGCAUCCGUCCGUUGUCCCCUACCAGAGUUUCAAAACUGCCGACGGCGAUAUUUUCGUCGGAGGUGCCAAUGAUCGUCUCUUUGGCAUCCUGUGUGAGAAACUCGAGAAACCUGAGUGGAAAGACGACGAGAGGUUCAGCAGCAACAAUGAGAGAGUUCGGAACCGGAACAUCCUGGAGAGUAUGAUCGAGGCCGAAACAUCCAAGCUCACGACCAAAGAAUGGCAGCAAAUUUUCGAGGGCAGUGGGCUUCCAUUUGCAGUGGUCAACGAUGUCCAAGGCACGAUGAACCACGAGCACGUCCGCGCUCGAGGCAUGGUCCAAACGAUCGACCAUCCCUCAUGUGGGCCCAUCAAGGUCAUCAGUCCUCCGGUGAAGUAUUCCAACGCAGAACCUAGUAUCAGAAGCCCUCCGCCUCUUCUAGGGCAGCAUACACAGGAGAUACUGCGGGAGGUGGUGGGAUUCAGCGAUUCGCGGAUUCAGGAAUUGAAAGAAAAGGGCGUGGUUGCAUAG